UACAAAAGGAACGGCAAAACAAAAACUAGAACAGUAGGAAUCUUCCUUCCAUUUGUAUAUAUAACAACAUUCAGUUCUUCUCCUGUUCAGAUUUAUUAACGGGGAAAGGAGGAUUUGUUCGUGAUUGUUUACCGCCAAAUCUUUAUCGCAAUCAUCGAGCGGAGAAACAUUCAAGUUUUUUAUCACCAAGGACAGCAAUGCCGCCGUUUCUGUCUACCUCGAAGGUCGUUGAGUCAUUGAUUUCGCGUAGAGGUGGUAUCAGACAUGCGAUCAAAUACGCUAGGUGUAAUGCCGAGUCGUGGAAGUAUCAAAACGUUCGACAUUUAAGGUGUAUUCCCGGCGUUCAGACCUCGACGAUUUAUAGACUGUUCGAUCAGGACCGUAAGAUUUCCGAGAGCUUCCGUGAUAUUAGUGCUGUACAAUCGAGACGAUUUCUUGGCUGUGGAGACGGGGCAGAGACCGGCGUUUUAUCCAAAAUUUAUGAAGAGAGGCGCGUAAUGGGGUAUUCUCCGGAACAGUUAUUUGACGUAGUUGCUGCUGUAGACAUGUACCAUGAUUUUGUUCCUUGGUGCCAGCGGUCAGAGGUACUAAAAAAGUAUCCUGAUGGAUCCUUUGAUGCUGAACUAGAGAUUGGCUUUAAAUUUCUUGUUGAGAGUUACAUUUCACACGUAGAGAUGAACAGACCAAAAUCUAUAAAGACUACAGUAUCUCGAAGUGCGCUUUUUGACCACUUGAUAAAUACUUGGGAGUUCAAUCCGGGACCGAUUCCAGGGACUUGCAACCUUUACUUUUUGGUAGAUUUUAAGUUCCAGUCUCCACUUUAUCGACAGGUGGCUUCAGUGUUCUUUAAGGAGGUCGUCUCAAAACUGGUUGGUUCAUUUAAUGAACGCUGCCGUUUGAUAUAUGGUCCAGGGGUUCCAGUCCUUGAAAAUUCAUACAGCCAACGAGCUUAAAUUUGUUGAAAUUUUUCAUAAGAUGUAUCAUUUGAUUGAGGAUAUUUAGCGAGAAUGAAUUUAGAAUUGACAGAAUCCUCAUAGAGAGCAGAUAGGGAAGUAGAAGUAUCCUAAAUUUGACUGAUUAAUGCACCUUCUGGGUAACUUGCAGCUUGCUUAUUUUGCUGUGGCCCAUCAAAAGACAUUAAUUAUUUGGUUGAAUUUUCAUUUGUUUUCUUUUAUUUCUAGUUCUUGUAAUUGUUCACCUUUUCUUGUUUAACAUUUAGAGUAUGAUUCGACACCUU